ACGAUCGAUAGGCUGGAAGGCAUGGCAUGGCGCUCGAGCUCGAGCGCUCGCUGGCGCUGAGGCUGAGGCUGAGGCCGCGCGGGUCGGCCUCGCGCUCUUGGUCUAGUUCGCCGCGGACCGGUCGUCUCGUCGCCUACUUUCCCUUCGGUGGUGCACUGCUGCGGCGUUGUGUACUGUAGUGUUCUCCGCCUCGUUCUCGAGGGUGAGCACGCUGAUCUUUGUCCUCAUCGAGAUCAUCGGGGCGAGAGUCCACGCUCGUCCAUAUCUGGAAUCCAGACCGAAAGUAAGCAUUGAAAUUGGUUUGUCGGUGGGUGCGUGCGUGCGAGGCAGCGAACGAAUCAGAUUUUCGCCAAUUAUUCACUACACCUCAAGACCUCCAUUCUUGAGAAUCACUGGUUCCGAGGCCGGACGAGAUAACUCGAACAGGCAGCCGGCCAGCCGGCGUCUCUGGAGCAGAAAUCAGGCCAAGGAAUGCGAGAACUGCUGUCUUUCUUGUACUUACGACUGCUCCUCCGAGUCUACACGAGGGCCCAACAUGUGAAGGUCCUAUGAAGAGUCUUAUUUGAAGCAGGCUCGUGACAUGCAUUCCAUUGUGGGUCGAGGACGGAGGCCUGCGUUUCGGGAGGAGCAGGGAUGGAAAGAACACAGUUCGCCCCACACACCUCUGUCACCUAAUUUCCAUGCCGAUCCGUUGUUCGGCACACCUAGUGGGUCAUUGCAGGAUAUUCUUCGCUCCGUCCACAUGGUCGAAGGCUCCGCUUUUGUGAGUGUCCCGAAAAGUUCCGGGUCUCAAGCACCACCAGAUAUUAUCGCCCCUCAGCAGCAGCAACAGGUCAGUUCAACCGCUCGGAACGUAAGCGUCGACGCUCCCGUGAUAGAUGAUGGAUUGGGCAAGCUGCAAAGGAAGCAACUGCAAUGUCACACAAGCUCUUCGUGGGAUCACAAUAUGAGGAAUGAGCACGUCUUCGAAGGUUAUCCGCAUGUUGGACUUGCGGAUAUCUCCAACACUCAACUGCAGCUCGACAGCUUCAAGCCCGUUGGCACAUGGACUGAUACGCCAGGCGCUGAUCACGAACAGCAAUGGACCGAUCUGCGCAGGAGCUCUAAGACGACCAUGCUCUCACCUGGUCCCAAUCUCGAUAGUGGCACUUGUCAGCCGUCCGUAUGGCGAGAACGCUGGUCCGAUAGUUCCAGGGUGCACGCGUCUUCGCAUCAGGAGAGACACAGAGCUGCAGCGCCAGCAGCGGGAGCAGCAGCAGCAGCAGCGCACCUGGAAGAAUCCACAGAUGGAGGUAGUGAUCCCAUGGACGAAAAAAAUUCACGGCGCUUCUCCAACACCGCGGGUUAUUGUUCCUCCCGAAAUCUUUUCUCCGAACGCAAACGACGUAAGAAGAUGAACGACGGCUUGUAUUCCUUGCGCUCUAUAGUUCCAAACAUCAGCAAGAUGGAUAAAGCAUCGAUCAUCGGAGACGCAAUUAAGUACGUAAUGGAGUUAGAGAGACAAGUGAAGGAGCUGGAGGGGGAGAUGGAACUUGACGAGCAAAGGAAAAACAAGAUAAACUCAAGCUCCGAUACUCUGGGCUCCUUGGCCGCUACGGGUGUCCAGCAUGGCGGAGAUGCAGCAGCACAGAAUGACAAAGAUGUGGACUGGAAUAAAAAUUCGGGAGGAAAUGUUUCCAAGUUAGACACGAAAGAUCAGCCUAACGUUACGCUGGAGCUCUCCAAGAUGAAGACCGGAAUGUACAAUUUGCGGAUGUUCUAUCAACAGCAGCCCGGCAUUUUCAUGCACAUGACGCAAGCUAUUGAGAGUUUGGAUCUGAACAUCCUUAACUCUCAUGUAUCGACCUGUGAUGGCUAUGUUGUGCACUCCAUGAUUGCCAAGAUGACGAGCUGGGACGACACCGUGGUAGGAGAUGUGGAGAAACAUAUUUUGGGACUUGUUAGGCAGUAUCAGUGACAGGCCUCUAGGCCAAUCACUAAAGUAAGUGAUUCGCCCCUGAAGCUUCAAGGGUGAGAUUGACGGGAUUGGCAUGUAACGGGUCAAUUGAUCUGAAGAGUACGGUACUUGUUGGAUUGAUUCUAGUUUCCCACUUGUGUAACUCGAUGGAGGAUGUGCGAUGCUUACAUAUAGUGACGUCCUAUCACUAGUUGGUACUUACUUUGUUUGCGAAAAUAUGGGAACAUGUAUCCGUGUUAUGUGCUGCAAUAUGAGUUAACGGCUGCAAGGUGAUUGGUCUGCCAUGGCACUACACGCUGAUGCUUCUACUGAUUUUAUCGAGUAAUGCACAGGGUUGAGCCUCCAAUAACUUUUAGAAGAGAGUGAGUGCUACUAUCGGCCUUUUUGUUCUGUGUUUGCAGAGUUUCGUGUAUAUACGCGUUUAUCCAGAUUU